UAGUUUUUCAGUUGGAGAGGCGGAACUUUCCCGGAAACUAUACGUUAUGUGCAGAACGUGUGUUGUGUCAUCUUUCUUGUUCUUUCCGCCAUUUUAUCUCCCAAAACAUCCCAUAAUCUCACGAGUCAGUCUUGAUAAAACAAAAAGGGUCCAUAAACAAGCUGCCAAUACGUCACAAUCUUCAUUUGGAAUUGUUCAACAGCGUGUGGCUGCUCUAAAACUUUCUGGGGUUUUCUGUAUUCUGCCGCUUUUUAAUGGAUUCUGCUGCCUCUCAUUUGGUGCGGUGCUGGAUUGCUAGCAUCCCAUGAGGGAUUGAUGAUUUGGGGAUGAUUUGAAUAUGUGGGCUGUUCAAGCUUGAUUAGUAAUAUUGAUUUCUGGCGCUGUUGGAUCUAAAGAGCCUUUCCUGUAUUGAUUUGACUUGCACCAUCUUUGCCAUUUGUAAUGUAAUUGGAAGCCUGCAAUGUUUUGUUGGACCUGAAAAAUGAUUGAUUAGAGGUUUUAUAUGAUUGGUGGGAAGGUGGAUUCAGGAUUUAUCUGCCUAUAAUUUACUUUGAUAUAAUUGUGGACUUGUAUUGAUAGUAUUGGGUUGAUUAUAUUAUAAAAGCUAUACAAUUAUGGAGCUACCUGAAGAGGAACCCGUCACCAACGGAGAGGCGGAGGAAAUGGACAGAGAGCCCUCUGCGGAGGCUCCUCUCCGGGAGCCCCACUCCUACCGGAGUCAUUGUGGGGGGAUGGUGAGAAAGAAAGCCUAUAUCUUUGAUGGUUCUGGAAAGUUUUACAAUAAGGAAUGGGAUCUGACAGAAGGUAGAGGCAAUGAGUUCUGUUGGUACCAUGUUGAACUUCCAAAAGGACAUCAGAAGCUUUGUCAGUCUGCCCAAGACCUCAUUGGCGUUCUUUGCCCGCCUUUGAAACUCCAGGAUAUUCUCUCUCUUGUCAGCAAUGGACCAUUUUGUGGGUAUGUUGAUGGGGCUCUAGUCUUCAGAGUCAACUCUCCCGGCCCUCCCUCUAGUGAUUUCACAUUUAGAAUUGCCGCAAGAAUUACUGAGAAUUCAGUGAUCACUGUGAGUUUGGGCCGCGUUCCCAGAUUGGGUUUCUCACCGGUGGGUCAAUCUCUUCUCUCGGAGAUUCCUAGUGUGGAGAGUCCCUCGUAUCAUAGAGGAGAGCAGAGGGAAAGGAGCGGGAUUGUCAUAGGGGAGCAUGUUCUUGAGUUCUUAUUGACAAUGAAUCACUCUGAGGAAGCCGAUAAUCCUGUGCCAAAAUCUGUCUCAAAUCUUGUAGUUCAUAUUGUUGACACGCAUGUGGAUCACCUCCAAGAUGUUGUGACUAAACUUGAGAUAGAGUUGGAUUCCGUUGAGCUUCAGAUGGAUAAAGGUGGGUUUGCUUUAAAGAAACAAAUGCUGGAUGACAGGAGAUUUCCCAAAAUGCAUCUAAAUCUGCAGCGGCUCCUACAGGAGAUUGCUCAUGGGGAGCAAGUUUUUCCUCGUGUCAAAGAAAGAUGUUCCUCAAAGCAAUGGUUUUCGAGUGAAGAUAUUGCCUCACUUGAAGAGCUGAUCGGACGGUUGAGGAGGCUAAAGGAGAAUGUAGGCUUUAUAGCAAAUCGUGUCACGGCAAUACAGGCUGGUCUAGACAGCUGGCAAGCUGAGCAGAUAAACAGGAAACUGUAUUAUCUCUCUUUCCUCUCUAUAAUAUUCCUUCCUUUAUCCAUCAUUACUGGAGUGUUCGGCAUGAAUGUGGGGGGAGUUCCAUGGACAGGACAAAAAGACCCAACGUUGAAAGAUGGUUUCCGUAAUGUCAUGUUACUCUGUGUAGCUAUGCUUCUUUUGGCACUUCUCUGCUUCAGCUUUCCUGUUCUUUAUACCCGAAUAGCUGCUUGGCACAGAAGCAGGGUCAUGAAGAGGAGCUGGUCCCUCAAUAGGAAGUCAUUCCUAAAGAGAACCCAUGGAAUUGGAGUUCAAGAAAGAAGGGGCUACCUCCGCAUUUGAGGAAUGCAUCUAGACUUUCUUUCUUGUUUUGUAUUGCUUUCUAAGUUCAUGGGCACUUUGCCCUAGAUCGGAGAUUUUGGUUGAGCACUUACGGACAACCAAGGGAAAAAGGUAGAGGUUUCUGAUGGUUUUGUUUCUUUACUUGGUUUAGUUCCCCCAUUUUUUAACCUUGGAGGUCAGCUUGUAAAAUGUAUUCUCUUGUAUCAUAUGUUUAAUAGUGUUGCAGAUGGUUUCUGUACAAUGUACACUCGAAAGAUUUAACAGCUUCUUUUCAACUGUCUCA